AUGCUCGGAAUAAGUCAUGUUUAUUUAGCAAGCAUUAGAAAUCACCUAGUUAGCAAAGGUCUCUCUGUCCGAACUCAUGGCAAUACUGGCAAGAUGCCUAUAAGAAAAACCAAAAUGUUAAUCGAUGAAAAAAUUAAGGAGAGGGUAAAAAGUUUCAUCCUAAACUAUGCUAAAACUUAUGGCUUACCUAAUCCAGGGAGAAGCAAAGGAAGUGAUAGCAUAACCAUCUUUUUACCUGCUGAAAUGACUUAUAAAUCAGUCCAUGAGGACUUUUUAAAUAGUUUAGAAGCAGAUAGUUUAGGGAUGAACUCCACUUUUGCGAGGAUGAAAGGGAGAAAGCAACCCAAAAAAAAAUUUGAACGACACUUAAUCCAAGCCCAGUUAGAGAGGGAUUAUUAUAAUGAGAAUACUAAACUAGUAAAAGAACAGGAAAAUAACAUUACCGCCCAUUAUAUAGGGAAGUAUUAUGAACUUCAUGGAAAGCAGUUGGAUACUUUUUAUAAAAUAAAGGAUUAUUGUUCUCCUUGCUGGGAUAAAGAAAAAACCUGGUAUGAAAUUGAAAUUAAGAAUGGUAAUUUUAAA